AUGGAACUUCUACCUGCAGUACUUGGAUUAACAUUGACAUUAGCAAUCUGUUCAUCAUUGAAAAUAAACAUUCACCAGUGUAUAUUCUGGUCCGAUAGCAUGAUUGUUCUGUAUUGGAUUCAUAGUCAAAGCAGGAAGUAUAAGACAUUUGUUGCGAAUCGUGUAGGAUUCAUUCAUUCACAUACUUCACCUAGUCAAAGGAGAUACGUAUCCACAAAAGAGAAUCCUGCAGAUCUUGCAUCACGUGGAACGUCGAUAACAGAACUGGCUGGAAACCCUAAGUGGUGGCAUGGCCCAGACUUUAUUGAAAAUAUUCCGGAAAUAUGGCCAGAACACAAAAUGGAAAUAUAUGAUGUGGCCAAAGUAGAAAUAAUACGCAAGUCGGCUUAUAACAGCUAUGUGACGUUAAGUGAGAAUAAUGACUUUAGACUCGAACCAACAGGUACUCUGAUUGGAAUCUUUUAG